AACAACUUCACCGCGCUGUGAACGCAGGUUCGUUCGUUCCCAACGAGAUUCGUGCCACUUAUUGCCAGAUUUCUUUCCUCUUCUUAUAUAAACCUCAUCCCUCCUGUAUCGGCCAAUCGAACCUAAUCAUCUCUCUCUCUCUCUCUCUCUCUCUCUCUCAUUCACUCGUAUAUUUUUUUUUUUCUUAGUUGCUCGAUCAUGGAAGAUUUGAGAUCGCAGGCUGAGAUGAGAAAGGAGGAGGAUGAUGGGGAGCAGAGGCAGCUGAAGUACCUGGAGUUUGUGCAGGUGGCAACAAUUCACGCCGUGAUGUGCUUCUCAAACCUCUACUGUUACGCAAAGGACAAGGCGGGUCCUCUGAAGCCUGGGGUUGAGACUGUCGAGGGCACCGUCAAGAGCGUCGUUGGACCUGUCUACGACAUGUUCCACGACGUUCCUAUCGAGGUCCUCUUGUACGUGGACCGCAAGGUCGAGGCGUCUGUGACUGAAUUGGACCGCCAUGUGCCUCCAAUCAUCAAGCAAGCUUCUUCCCAGGCCUUCUCAGCUGCUCAAAGCGCCCCAGAGCUAGCUCGAGCUGUUGCCUCCGAAGUUAAGCGUGCUGGGGUGGUGGACACCGCUUCAGGUAUUGCCAAAUCUGUUUUAACCAAAUACGAGCCAACUGCUAAAGAUCUAUACUCCAAGUAUGAACCAAAAGCAGAGCAGUGCGCGGUGUUAGCUUGGCGCAAGCUCAAUCAGCUGCCCCUCUUCCCCCAAGUGGCUCAAGUUGUUGUCCCAACCGCAGCUUAUUGUACAGAGAAGUACAACCAAACAGUGCGUAACACUGCAGAGAAGGGUUACAGGGUUUCGUCUUACCUGCCCUUGGUCCCUACAGAAAGGAUUGCCGAGGUUUUCAGGGGUGCUAGUGCUGAAUCGACUGUGGCAGCCCAUUGAUGGUGUGGUUUUCGCUUGUUAGAGGUUUGUGAUGACAUGAUGUUUUUUAUGCGUAGUUGGACGGUGUAAUUAAGGAUUUUUCGAUCUUUUUGUUGUCUCUUUUCGGGAUUGCAUGUGUUGAAGAUGGUAUGAGACUGCAACCCUUCGACCUUGGUUUCUUGUCGUCUACUAUGUUUUUUUUCAGCUUUGAAGAUAUUACCUAAUCAUCUGAUUCAU